ACUAUUAUUAUAGCAGCACCCGGGCGCUUCAGUAAGGAAGUCAACAUGUCGACUUCGUACCGAAACAGGAUCCAGGAAUUCAAGGUAGCCUUGGAGGAGGAAAAAAUCAACCUGAAGGCGCUUUGUGAGCUCUGCUUUAGUGGAAUCCCUUUUGAAGGAGGAAUACGUGCUCAGUGCUGGAAGAUCCUGUUAAACUACCUGCCCCCGGACCAGUCAUUAUGGGAGUCCUUCUUGAAAAAACAGAGGGAGCUGUACACCCAGUUUCUGAAGGAAAUGAUCAUCCAGCCAGGCAUCGCCAAGGCCAACCUGGGGUUGUCCAGAGAGGACGUGACACUGGAGGACCACCCUCUAAAUCCAAACCCUGACAGCAGAUGGAACAACUACUUCAAAGACAACGAGGUUCUGCUGCAGAUCGAUAAAGAUGUCAGGAGGCUGUAUCCAGACAUGGCCUUCUUCCAGAGGCCCACAGACUACCCAUGCCAGCUCAUCCUCGACCCUCAGAACGAUUACGAAACCCUCCGGCGGCGCGUGGAGCAAACCACCCUUAAAGCUCAGACUGUGGACCGCAACCGCAGCGGAGUCACUAAUGUGAGCUCACCUGGCAAGUCCCUCAACCUGUACCCAUCUAAUGAGUAUGAGGUGCUGCCCAAUGGCUGCGAGGCUCACUGGGAGGUGGUGGAGCGCAUCCUGUUCAUCUAUGCCAAGCUCAACCCGGGCAUCGCCUACGUGCAGGGCAUGAACGAGAUCGUCGGGCCCAUCUACUACACCUUCGCCACGGACCCUAACGACGACUGGAAAGAACAUGCAGAGGCCGACACCUUCUUCUGUUUCACCAACCUGAUGUCGGAGAACCGAGACAUGUUCAUCAAGAGCCUGGACGACUCUCAGUGUGGCAUCACCUACAAGAUGGAGAGCGUCUUCUCCAUGCUCAAAGAGAAGGACAUGGACCUCUACCUUAAGCUGCUAGAGCAGAACAUUAAGCCUCAGUACUUCACCUUCCGCUGGCUGACGCUGCUUCUGUCUCAGGAGUUCCUGCUUCCUGACGUGAUCCGCAUCUGGGAUACGCUCUUCUCCGACCAGGACCGCUUCCACUUCCUCAUCCUCGUCUGCUGUGCCAUGCUCACGUUGAUCCGAGAUCAGUUGUUGGCAGGAGACUUUACAAUAAACAUGAGACUACUUCAGGAUUAUCCCAUAUCUGACGUGCACACCAUCCUCACUAAAGCCAAGGAGCUUCAGGAUGAAUCGUAGCCAUGAUGGUGACCUUUGACCUCCCACCUCCACUGAUCCGUCUGCACAGAGAAGGGAUGCAGGGGUGGGGGGGAGGUAACCAUGGAAACUGGUAACCUGGAUGACAACAGUGCCCUGUCACACCCUGGAAGGAAGAGAGGAGGAUGCCACCAUUGCCGUGCAUUGUGGGAGAAAACAAUACAACAAACAAACAAAGAAAAA